AUAUCCCAGAAGCGGCGGCGACUGCGGAGCGUGUGUUAGGCGGCUGAACGGGCUGCGGGCCCCCUCAGGGCGCGGCGAGAUGGAGGUGACGGGGUUGUCGGCGCCCACGGUGACCGUUUUCAUCAGCAGCUCUCUCAACAGCUUCCGCUCCCAGAAGCGGUAUAGUCGCAGCCUCACCGUAGCAGAGUUCAAGGAUAAACUACAGCUGGUUGUGGGCAGCCCUGCUUCCUGCAUGGAAUUGGAACUGUAUGGACCUGACGACAAGUUCUAUGUCAAGCUGGAUCAGGAGGAUGCCCUGCUGGGCUCAUACCCUGUAGAUGACGGCUGUCGCAUCCAUGUCAUUGACCACAGCGGUGCCCGCCUUGGGGAGUACGAGGACAUGUCCAAGGUGGAGAAGUACAAGAUCUCACAAGAAGCCUACGACCAGAGGCAAAACUCAGUCCGCUCCUUCCUGAAGCGCAACAAGCUCGGCCGAUACAAUGAAGAGGAGCGGGCGCAGCGAGAGGCUGAGAGCUCCCAGCGCCUCAUCGAGGAGGAGGCCCAGGCCAGUGCCAUCCCCGUGGGCAGCCGCUGUGAGGUGCGGGCGCCUGGGCAGCCCCCUCGCCGGGGCACCGUCAUGUAUGUAGGACUCACAGAUUUCAAGCCUGGCUACUGGAUCGGCGUCCGCUAUGAUGAGCCGCUAGGGAAGAACGAUGGCAGUGUGAAUGGGAAGCGCUACUUUGAAUGCCAGGCCAAGUACGGCGCCUUCGUCAAACCAUCGGUUGUGACAGUGGGGGACUUUCCCGAGGAGGACUACGGUUUGGAUGAGAUGUGACACCCAAGGAAGGGCAUCCCCCUGCUCCAACUAACUCGCCUCGCUAUUCCCUGUGUGUGCCCACAGCCCCCUCUUCUGACCCUGUUUUUAUGUUAUUCGCUUUACCCUUGCCAUUGACUUUUGAGACCCGUGUAUUAAAUUUGCUGAAAACCUAG